AGAGAGAGAGAGAGAGAGAGAGAGAGAGAGAGCGUGCGUGGUGACCCCUCGGUCAUACUACUGACGCAGUUAGUCGUUUUCGUGGCAUGUUAUAGUGAGCACGAGCUGCGUCCUUAGUCUCACGAGGGCCCGCGCCGCCGCAAGCACUCCCCUGCGCUCUCUCCUGCUUUCCCGGGCGCGUGUGAUCAACCUGCAGUCCUCAGAAUGAGGAUAAACAUGGCGAUAACUUUCGUCUGUCUCGCGUUCUUGGCUGUGGGCGUGUGGGGCCACGGGCGGCUGAUGGACCCGCCCGCGAGGAACGCCAUGUGGAGGCUGGGCUACCCGAACCCCGUCAACUACAACGACAACGAACUCUACUGCGGAGGAUUCGUGGUCCAGUACCAGAAGAACGGCGGGAAGUGCGGCGUCUGCGGAGAUAACUGGGCGGAUAAGGUGCCACGAGAUCACGAAGCUGGAGGGCUCUUCGGCAACGGCAUCGUCGGCAGGAGAUAUGUCGCCGGCCAGGUCAUCGAAAUCGAGGCCGACCUCACGACCAACCAUAAGGGCUACAUGGAACUCAAACUCUGCCCUCACAACGACCCUAAGACCAUCAUCACCCAAGAAUGCCUGGAUAAGUACCCUCUGAUGAUCGAAGGCACCCAGGAGUCCCGCUGGGUGAUCCCCGAAGACAGCAAGAAGACCGAGAUCUUCAAGUGGAAGGUCCAGCUGCCAGAGGGCAUCACCUGCACCAACUGCGUCAUCCAGUGGAAGUAUUUCGCUGGAAACACGUGGGGCACCAACGCCCAGGGCGAGACGGGCCAGGGCAAAGGGCCGCAGGAAACCUUCGUCAACUGCGCCGACGUCACCAUCAACACGCAGACGGGAGGCUUCGCAGGAUACCCGCCGGAGGACAACCAGAUCGACAACCCCUGGGCUCUCUACUACCAGGACGAGUUCCCCGGGAUACCCAAGGACGCCAACGCCUCCAAGAGCCCCGGCCAGCUCAUUCCCCUCGUCGUCAGGUCACGGUAGCGUGCCAGUCAACGAGUACGAGCGGGUACAGGGUAUGAGCGGCUGGUGUAGGGAGAACUGCCUCAAGUACCCGCCCAACUGCCACCCUCUCGUCUGCAGAUGCUUAACCCAGUGCGAGGCUAUCGGUAAAUUCGCCAAGGAGAAAGAUGCCGACAUCUUCUGCCACCAAAACUGCCUCAAAUUGAACUCCUUCUGCCCUAAGGAUAAAUGCAGAUGCUAUUAGUUAAGGUUGAAUUUCCCGCCAUUUUUUUUUUUAUACCAGCGGUCUCUCGAGGAAGGAAAACAAAGAUGGCGGACGAGAUGGCUUCGGGUUUACAUUCCCGUUUUAGGAACAAGAUAUAUGUUCUGCUUUCUGUUGUGGGCGAGGUUGGAGGUCAUUCUUGUGACCUUAAAUGAACUCUUUAUUUUCUGAGUGUUCAUUGAUUUAUUUUGAUAUUAUAUUCUGUAUCGUUGUUGUUGUUGUUACUGUUAUUGUUAUCGUUAUUAUAAUCACUAUCAUUACUAUCAGUAUCACAUUCAGUUCUA